AGUGAAAUCCUAUUUCUCUCAUUUUCAAGUGCACCAGAGAAGAUCCUAUGGAGAAAGUACCUGUUCCCAACUCAUUGAAUUCUCAUGUAUCAUCUGUACCAAUUUUUAAUGGGCUUAACUUCUCUGAUUGGAAUGAGCAAGUCCAAUUUCACCUCGGUGUUUUGGAUCUUGACCUUGCUAUAUUGGAAGAGAAGCCUGCUACUAUUACUGAUGCUAGUAGCAAUGAACAGAAAGCUCAUUAUAAAGCUUGGGAAAGAUCUAAUAGACUCAGCCUAAUGUUCAUGAGAAUGACUGUUGCAGACAGUAUUAAGGCAGCGCUUCCUAAAACCGAUAGUGCUAAAGAGUUUAUGGGGUUAGUGGGAGAGCGCUCUCAAACAGCUGAUAAGUCUCUUGCUGGGACAUUAAUGAUUUAUUCUAAACUCAUUACCGUCUGA